CUGGUGUACCUCAACCUCUGUGGAUCGCAUGUUGUAGUUGUAAAUUCUAUCGAGGUUGCUCGCCACCUAUUCGAGGAACGAUCAACGCUGUACUCUGACAGGUGUGAAAACGUGAUGACACGCACACGUCUCACUGACCACUUAUACAGAGUAGGCUGCGAUUGGCAUUUCGUCUUCAUGGGCUAUGGAGACCAUUGGAGGGAGAGAAGAAGGAUUUUCCAUCAGCAUUUCCAUCCUACUGCAGCGCUUCAGUAUAGACCCAGGGCCAUUCAUGGUGCUCGAGUCCUCAUACAGCGGCUCUUGGAAACACCAGAUGACUUCAUGAUGCAUCUACGCCAGUACGUCCUCUGCGCAUGUUCCAUUCAUGAUGCUGAACACUAG